AUGACUCAACAAGACAUCAAAGAACAACUUCUUUUAUCCGAAACAAAAUUCGGUCUCGAUUUUCUAAAGACAUUGACUGCCAAUCAAAGUGAGUCUCUAGUAUUUUCACCACUUUCUGUUUCUCUGGCGUUGGCACUUGUCCAUUCUGGAGCACGGAAUCAAUCGAGUGCUCAAAUUGAGAAAGCACUUCUCGGCGGAACGGAUUCCGAGCAGUUUAUAAACUACUAUUCGAGCCUGUCUGAGCGUUUGAAGUCGAAUACAAAUGGAACGGAAAUCAGUAUUGCUAAUCGGGUUUAUCUAAAACAUACAGCUCAAAUCAACAAUGACUAUUUAUCUCAUGUUGCUGAGAACUAUGACGCUGGCGCCGAAUCUCUUGAUUUUCAAAAUCCAGACUCAGCAGAAAAAAUUAACGAGUUUAUUCGAGUGUCAACUCAAGGAAAACUAGACAACCUGGUGUCAUCUGAUUCUAUUUCUGACGCUAUUGCUCUUCUCGUCAAUGCUGUCUAUUUCAAAGGAAAAUGGGAUGAAGAGUUCACCCUCGACUUCACAUCUAACGAAGAAUUCACAACGAAAAUGGAUGGCGUUAAGAAAAUUCCAUUUCUGAAGGAAAUUAUGACUGACCGCGGAUACUCUUCUGAUGACAUCUUCCAAGUUUUGACCUUAAACUAUGUAGAUUCGAGUUUCAAAUUUGUGGUCUUCCUUCCAAAAGAAUCGAAUGGUUUGAAUUCUGCGCUGGAAAAACUAGACUCAGAGAGAUUCCAGAAGUUGCUACAACAAUCGAAACGGACUUAUAUGAACACUGAAAUUCCAAAGUUCACAAUUGAGAAAGAGUUGGCUCUCAAGAACACGCUUCAAUCUCUUGGGAUCACAGAUAUUUUCACGGAUCAAGCCGAUUUAUCUGGGAUUGCUGAAGGAAUCAAGAUAUCCGAUGGAACUCACAAAUCACUCAUCGAGGUGAAUGAAGAAGGGACCACAGCGGCAGCAGUUACAGUAGUCAAAGCGGUGCCGAUGUGUCUUCGAAUGGAUGAUCCCGUCGAAUUCAAGGCAAAUCACCCAUUUCUGUUCGCAUUGGUUCGGGAUGGUCACCCAUUGUUUUUGGGGGUUUUUCAUGGAUAA